AUGGCAAGCCCGGAGCCCCGGCACGGCGGGGACGGCGCAGCCCAGGCCGCGAGGGAGACAAGAGCAGAAGCCACUUCUCCUCUUGAAGAGGAGAGCUUGGAAUCCCCCCAUGAGGCCAGGACUCUGGACCCAGAAGUGACUCUGUCUUUGAAGGGGACCUUGAACUUAGAGGACAUUCUCUACCUGGGGGACACAGGUGACCUUGAUGAGCUAGACGAGAUACUGUGUGUGGAAGAGACGGAGCAGCCUGAGGAGACCCUGUACAUCGAGGAGACCAGGCAGCCAGGUGAGGCCCCGCACGAGGACGAGCCUGUGAAGCCAGAGGAGAUCCUCCAUGUGGAAGAGCCCUCGAAGCCGGAAAAGAGCGCAAGCCCAGAGCAGACCGGUGAUGGGGGAGAGACGGUCACGAGCAAGGAGAAACCCAGCCCUGAGGAGGGCCUCAGCGCCGGGCUGAGUCCCAGCACCGAGAGCCUGAGCAUAGAGGACCUGGAACUGCUGGAGCAGCGUUUCCAGCAGUGCGUGCAAGCCGUGGCCCAGCUGGAAGAGGAGCGGGACCAGCUCAUCCACGAGCUGGUGCUGCUCCGGGAACCGGCCCUGCAGGAGGUGCAGCAGGUCCAUGAGGACAUCCAGGCGGCCUACAAGCGGCACGCCCAAGCCGAGCUGGAGAGGGACGGGCUGAGGGAGGAGAUCCGGCUGGUCAAGCAGAGGCUCUUCAAGGUGACCAAGGAGUGUGUGGCCUACCAGUACCAGCUGGAGUGCCGCCGGCAGGACGUGGCCCAGUUCGCGGAGCUGCGGGAGGCGCUGACCGCCCGGGUGGCCCAGCUCUCCGAGGAACUGGCCGGGCUCCGCGAGGCCUACCAGAAGCAGAAGGAGCAGUUACGGCAACAGCUGGAAGCGCCGCCAAGCCAGAGCGACGGGCACUUUCUGCAGGAGAGCCGGCGGCUCUCUGCCCAGUUUGAGAACCUCAUGGCGGAGAGCCGCCAGGGCCUGGAGGAGGAGUACGAGCCUCAGCUGCUGCGCCUCCUGGAGAGGAAGGAGGCAGCGGCCAAAGCCCUCCAGAAGACCCAGGCGGAGAUCCAGGAGAUGAAGGAGGCCCUGAGACCCCUGCAGGCAGAGGCCCGGCAGCUGCAGCUGCAGAACAGGAACCUGGAGGACCAGAUCACGCUCGUGAGGCAGAAGCGGGACGAGGAGGUGCAGCAAUACCGGGAACAGCUGGAGGAAAUGGAAGAGCGACAGAGGCAGUUGAGGAGCGGCCUGCAACUCCAGCAGCAGAAGAACAAAGAGCUGGAGCAGCUGCGGAUCAGCCUCGCCGGAGAGCUCUCCACCUAUAAGUCAGUUCUCGCUGGCGCCCCGCUCUUAACCGACGCUGGCAGAGGGGAUGGUGGGGAGGGCAGGUGUUGCUCAGGGGAAAUUUCACUGAACAGGGAAAAGCAGAACAACAGCUUGGGACAAUAUUCGAAUUGUGCUCACCCAUGACAGAUGGAAAACGGAUCUCUUUUUUUAAAGGGCUAUGCUACCCAAGAGCCUGGGACAGGCUAACACUCCCACUUCUCAGGCAGGUGGAACAGAGACUCAGUCCCAAGGUGAUCCUUGAGGGUACAAGAGUGGUGUCUGCACUGUUGCUGCUCCUAACAAUACUAAUGCCUUAAGAAAACUUAGAGUGUGUCAAAUGACAAGUCAGGUAGGAAUAACGCAUACCUCCACACUGCCUGGUUUAAGCAUUCAGGGGUCACUUGGAACGUUUCAGUUUCUAGCAGGACUCAAAAUAUGCUCUAAUUAUUGCCAGGAAUUCGUAACAGGAUGACACAUCUGGGCUCUAUGCAUUCUUACUUUCCUUGGCCUAUCCUACCCCAUCUGCUAUUCAUAAAUAGCUUCCUUAGAAUAGCAGAGAAGACAGUUAUGCUACCUAAUUCAGACUAUGACAAAGGAGGCCAAAAGGCUAAAUUAAUCUGGAAGUCAUAAAAAAGGCUCAAGUGGGUGUUGUUCAUAACCUGUGGGACAGGAUUACUGCUUAAUAUAGGAAACAAGCAAUACACCUAUCCAUUAAUUUCUUUAUAUACUAAUGUUCUUAUAUUCUGUAUAAAGUCCUGGAUUCUCUCGGAUAAAGAAACUAAGGAAAAAAGGUCUGGGUCAAGUUGUAUACUAGACAGAUGCCCAUAAGUUUUAUUCUU